GUUUUGCACACAUUCAUGUAUACGAUGGCAUAUUCCGCCGUAAAUAUUCAUACACCAUUUUUGUGUGUAAGUAUUGUUGAGUUAACUGGCCCUCAGAUGAAAUAAAACGUGCGGGUGUUUGCAGCAUAUAUGGAGGCUAGCUAAUUAGCAACGCUAGCUGUCCUUUCUACUUGGACCUGCAGUAGUAGAUAGUGUUGAAGAUCUUGUUUUCACAAUAUCACCCUGAUUCACAGAAGUUCCUGUGUCCAACAUGACAUACAGGAGAGACAGGAGUAUACGAGAGAUGUAUGAUGAACGCUUUAUAACAGAGAGACCGGGUCCAUACCCACGGGGAGCUGGUGCACCGGAGAGGAGAGGCCCGUUUGGCAGGCCAGAGGACGACUACAGCCGUGGCAGCGGGUAUGAAUACGAAGGAGGUCCGCGCUUUUUCCCGAAUGGAGGAGGCCCACGAAAUUAUCAUGAAGACCAGAGGGGCUACCAUGGCGACAGUAUCCAUUUCCCUGCUGAACGCAGAGCUGGUCCACCUUCAAGGAGGGAGGAUUAUCCUUACAGAGGACCCAGGGAAGACCCACACACAGGACGGCCUUUGGAGUUUGGCGCUCGUGCACCACCUCCUCAUAGCGUGCGAAACCAGGGCAUCUACCCAGCAGCCAGAUCGCUCCCAGAGAGCGGGGAGGACACACUAGUGCAGGCCAUCCUCAACCUGGACAGAGGGGAGGACAGAGACCACUACAGGAGAAAGGCAGCCCCGUUCCCUCCUCUCAGAGAACGCUCCCCUGUGCGCCGCGAGGUGGCCCGCUCCCCCCACAGUCGCUCCGGCUCAAGCGUCAGCAGCAGGGGCUACUCACCAGACAGAGCCAAGGGCCUGCUGUAUCCCUCACAGCAAGGCAAGAGUGCGGACGGUCCAGAAGGUCACGCAGGUGUCGCUGAGCACGCCUGGGGGCCGCUCUAUUCCCAACAGAGUGGACAUGAUACUUUGGGGUAUGAGGAGACUUUUUCUCAGAACAAGACGACUGACAAAAUUCCUGGCCUGUCAAGAGAAGGCUCCCCACACAGCGCAACUUCAAAUAAGGAGGAGAACCAUCCUCUGGAGGGAGAAAGAGAGGAGAGUCUGAUGGCCCCAGUCGUGGAGGAGAGCCAAAGGUUGUCUGCAGACAACUUUCAAGAACGACGAGCCCAAGCCAUCGCAGCCAAAGCUCAUGAGAUAGAGAAGAUGUACCGUCAGGACUGCGAGACAUUUGGCAUGGUGGUAAAGAUGCUGGUAGCUAAAGAUCCCAACCUGGAGAAGCAGCUACAGGUCCCCCUCAGGGAGAACCUCGGCGAGAUCCGCGAACGUUGCCUAGAAGACCUGAAACACUUCAUCAGCGAGCUGGACGAGGCGGUCCGGCAGCCAGAACCGUCCGUCUGCGACUCGACCACCCCGCCUGCAGCUCUGACGGGUCAUAAACUCUCAAAGACAGGAAUCAAUCACAGCUCAUCUUACUGACACAGUGGCCUAAUCUGCUCUCUGUGAGACUGAGCAUUAUGGGACUUGCUGCUCAACAGGAUGGAUUUCUGGGAUACAUUGUGGAUUGCUGGACUGAACUGGUUCUACAGCACAGCAACCUGAAGAGCAGCUCAACAUGGCAGGGAUGCAGUGUUGCGUUAUAUGUAGGGAUGAACAGUGUUAGUUUUGAACAGACCGUUUUUACCUUCAAGUUUUCUGUUGAAAAAUUUAAAUUUUUAAAUAUUACGUUGUUCUUUUUUCUAUACAAUGUUGGCAAAAAAACACAUCUUUUAUUUAAAAAAGCUACCAAUCUGACAUCAAUGUGGAAAUGGUCAGCAUGGGUUUCAUUAUUUAACCAGUUUUGAUGAAAAUAUGUCUUUGAGAUUAGAGUCCUGACGCAUGAUCAGAGUUUUGCUGAAGAAAACUCAGAUGGGGAGAAUGUUUUGUUUUUUUUACUAUGUUUUGUAGCAGUCAGAUGGAUGACCUGGUGCUGCUAAAUUUACAGUUCUGCAUUCUUGUAUAAAUUUGUACUGUCCAGAGAUGCCAGUUGGGUUCCUUUUUCAUUGUGUUGUCUCAUUUUGCUUAUCAAACUUUAUAUCAAAUAUGCUCCCCCAACAACAAAAAUCUGCACAAAGCUUGAUUAUUUUGAUGACAUUGAGAUGAAGCUUUGCACAAACUGGGAUGCCUCUGAAGGUUCUAGUAAAGAUGAUUUCUAUGAA